AUGCGAGGCCAAUUGACGUUAUCAAGAGCGGCCCGAGGGCUGAGACUGAGGGCAUUGCCUUCAUAUGCCUGCACCCAGUCUCAGUGCAGGUCCAUACAGAUCAGCGCUGCGCCGAGCACUGAAGCGCCCAAAGUUGGUGGUGAUGCUUUCGGAGCUCUUGAGACGAGGGAUCCUGCGGAUGCUCGAUUCGAGGUCCUCGGCUUGCCAUAUUCCCUACUAUCUGUGACCCUGUCGGCAUCGCAGAAGCUCUAUACUCGGCGGGGCACAUUGGUUGCUGUUGCCGGCAAGCCUGAAAAUGCCCAAUCUACCCUCUCGAUCCUCAACCCGAUUACACGAGCCCUCCUCGGCGUCCCCUUCCUCUACCAGCGCAUCUCAGCUACAACACCCAUCACAGCCUUGAUCUCGACCAAGUCACCCACAACCACAUUCAAAAUCCUCCACCUCGAUGGAACAACAGACUGGAUGAUCGCUCAAAGGAAUGCAUUGUUGGCUUGGACAGGACAUACUCUUUCACCCUCAGCGCGCAUCCAGAGCAGCCUGACACUCGCACACUGGGGUAAUACACUGUUGACAGGACGAGGUCUUGCUGCUCUAUCAGCACCUGGACAGAUUUACGAACUUACGCUCAAGGAGGGCGAGGAAUUUGUGGCCCACCCUGGAAGUGUUGUUGCAUACUCCAUCAGUCGAUAUCCUCCUCAGCCUUUCCGCUUCAAGAGCAACAGUCUACGACUACAGGUGCCCUCACUAUCGCGAUGGGUCUCAGAGCCUGAGUGGGUCAAGUCUGUUCGCAGCUCUGAGAUCUGGAAGUAUCUAGCACGAGCUUUCUACGGCUUGAGAACAGCGACCCGCCGAACUAUCUGGGGUGAUCGCCUCUUCCUACAGUUCCACGGACCUACAAAAAUUCUCAUGUCUAGCCGAGGUGUGCGUGCUUCAGAUGUACUCACCAACAAGCAAGUGAAUGAGAUCGCCGACUCUGAACCCGGCGUGCUCUCCCAGGCUGUCGAGCUGAGCGACAAGCCCAAGCUGACAGAUGGUGCCGGACAGGGACUGGAUGAUAAAUCCGUGACUGGAAUUCACGUUGCCAAAGUUGAGAAGGAUGGCAAGGUCAAGUUCGAAGAUAACAAGGACCUUAAGGAGUUUAUCCGAUGA